UUGCAUGGAGAUCAAACCGCUGACAGAUGUAACGCAAUCACGUGGUCCUUUGUAAGUCGGUGUAGAAUCCUCCACGCAGUACGUCUGUCGUGGUCGCCACCACAGAGAAUCAAACCGAUGGCAUUGGACUGCGUUACAGGCGCCUUCUCCCGCUGGGUACAAGUGAGGGCCUCUUCCCGCCGUUUCGUUUCAAGAGUCACCACCGCCCCCUACCAUUUCUGUUUCCUGAACCGCUUUUCUAAUCUAACCUCUCCAUUGUCACAAACCCUAAAUCUCCGUUAGCUGCUUCGAUGGAGCUGCGUCCUCGUAAUCGACUUUCUACUCCUAAUAUUGAUGCAGCAAUGAAUGAACAACAGCCCAAUGAUGCCUCUGGAGAAGCUAAAACUGCUAGCCAUUGUAGCAAUAAUGCAAAUGAAGUCUCUUCAGGUUCACAUUCCAGUUUCGAAGAUGAUGAAGCUUUGAACUCCUCUCUUGACUUAAAUAAAGAACCUACUUCAAGCUUUUGCGCUUCUGAUGGGGUAGACGACACCUCUGAUUCAUCCAAUAGCUGGGAUAGUCCGUAUAGAAAGAUAAGAGGAAAGAAAAGAAGAAAACGUAGCUCAAAAAAUGGAGAGUCCAAUCAGGACAAGGGAGUGUUGCAGUAUGGAGACAAUGAUGGCUCCACAAGAGUUCAGCAGCAAUCAACUGACGAUCAUUUGGGUAGCCUUGGAAAGAAGAAGAAAAGAAAAAGAGCAAGAAAAGAUCCGCAGCCAGUGUUGUUAUGGAAGGUAUGGGAAGAGCAGCAUGAGAGAUGGAUCGAUGAGAAUUUAUCUGUAGAUGUUGACUUGGAUCAUCAUAAUGAACUAAUGAAAGAAACUGCCGAGCCUUCCUCUGACCUUACUAUGCCUUUACUAAGAUACCAAAAGGAAUGGCUAGCAUGGGCUCUUAAACAAGAGAAUUCUAAAAUUAGGGGGGGUAUUCUUGCAGAUGAAAUGGGGAUGGGAAAGACUAUUCAAGCAAUUUCUCUUGUCCUUGCCAAACGUGAAAUCCGGCAAAUGGUUUGUGAAUCAGAUGAAACAUCCUCUUUGCCAAGUUCAUCUACAGUCUUGCCUGGGAUCAAAGGAACGCUUGUAGUUUGUCCUUUGGUUGCUGUCACUCAGUGGGUUAGUGAGAUUGAUAGGUUUACUCUGAAAGGAAGCACCAAGGUGCUAAUUUAUCAUGGGGCCAAUAGAGGGAAGUGUAGGGAAGAGUUCUCGGAGUAUGAUUUUGUAAUAACUACAUACUCUAUUGUUGAAUCAGAAUACAGGAAGCAUAUGAUGCCUCCUAAGGAGAAGUGCCCAUAUUGUGGCAAAUCUUAUAGCCACUCAAAGUUAUCUUUUCACCAGAGAUAUUAUUGUGGGCCUGAUGCUGAGAGAACAGAAAAACAAUCGAAGCAAUUGAAGAAAAAGCAAAGAAAAGUUGAUACAAAAAAAAAUGUUCAGAUGAAAAUGGGCCCAGAUAAUUCAGAUACCACAGGCAAGGGGAAGUCACUUUUACAUGCUGUAAAGUGGCAGCGGAUCAUUUUGGAUGAGGCACACUAUAUAAAAUCUAGACAAUGUAACACUGCAAAAGCAAUUCUUGCUCUUGAGUCUUCCUAUAGAUGGGCAUUAAGUGGAACUCCCCUUCAGAAUCGUGUGGGAGAGCUGUAUUCUCUGAUACGUUUCCUGCAAGUAGUUCCUUAUUCCUAUUACUUGUGUAAGGACUGUGAUUGCAGGAUUCUUGAUCAUAGUUCUAAGGAAUGUUCAAACUGCCAGCACAGUUCUGUUAGACAUUUCUGUUGGUGGAAUAAAUAUGUAGCCACACCAAUUCAAUUAUAUGGAAACAGUGAUGCUGGAAGGAGAGCAAUGAUAUUGCUUACGCACAAGGUUUUAAAAAAUAUAAUAUUAAGACGUACUAAAAUAGGCCGGGCUGCUGAUCUCGCACUUCCACCAAGAAUUGUGUCGUUGAGAAAGGACAGCCUGGAUAUAAAAGAGCAAGACUAUUAUGAAUCAUUAUACAAUGAAAGUCAGGCACAGUUUAAUACGUAUGUGGAAUCAAAUACCUUGACGAAUAACUAUGCUCAUAUAUUUGACCUCCUCACCAGGCUUCGACAGGCUGUUGAUCAUCCAUACCUUGUGGUAUAUUCUCAAGCUGCAUCAUUGAAAGCUGGGGUUGAGGUUAGCAAUGACAAUGUUGAACAAGUAUGUGGCCUUUGUCAUGAGCCGGUAGAAGAUCCUGUGGUUACCUCAUGUGAACACAUCUUUUGUAAGGCAUGCUUGAUAGACUUCUCUGCUUCCUUGGGGCAAGUGUCAUGCCCUUCAUGCUCCAAAUUACUUACUGUUGAUUUAACUUCCAAUAUUGAUGUUGGGGAUCAGUCUAGAAAAACAACAAUAAAGGGUUUCAGAUCCUCAAGCAUUUUAAAUAGAAUUCGGCUUGAGAACUUUCAGACAAGUACUAAAAUAGAGGCAUUGAGAGAAGAAAUUAGAUUUAUGGUAGAAAGGGAUGGCUCUGCAAAAGGGAUUGUUUUUAGCCAGUUCACUUCAUUCUUGGAUCUCAUAAACUACUCCCUUCUUAAGUCUGGCGUGUCUUGCGUUCAAUUGAAUGGAAGCAUGUCAUUAACUGCCCGGGAUGCUGCGAUUAAGAGAUUUACUGAUGAUCCAGAAUGCAAAAUUUUUCUCAUGAGCUUGAAAGCUGGUGGCGUUGCCCUCAAUUUGACCGUAGCAUCACAUGUUUUCAUUAUGGACCCUUGGUGGAACCCAGCCGUGGAGCGUCAGGCUCAAGAUAGAAUUCACCGAAUAGGGCAAUAUAAACCAAUCAGAAUUGUCAGGUUUGUAAUUGAAAACACUAUUGAGGAGAGGAUUUUGAAGCUGCAAGAGAAGAAGGAGCUAAUUUUUGAAGGGACUGUUGGCGGCUCCGCCGAAGCUCUGGGCAAACUCACGGAGGCGGACAUGAGAUUUCUGUUUAUUACCUGAUCAGUGUAAAAUCCUGCUUUUGAACAGUUUUUGGCACACUGGAUUGGACUUGUGAAACACUGUGCGAAAUGGAUGAAAACUUGUCAUGCUAUACCAUUCA